AUGCUGGUAGCAAACGCAAGAACGCCCACACAUUCCUUCAAAGAAAGUCCUCAGAGGACUUCCAACUUUCAACAGGCCUCAAGGCAACCUUGGCGUAUAGCUGUUAACCUGCCAUCCAUUAUCGAACGACUUCCUCACGAGCUUCAGCGCAUGGUCUUUUCGAAUUUAGACUACCAGUCGCUGAUCCACCUAUCCACAAUGAAUCGAUACUUCCAACGGACUGUUGAUCCACAGAGAAUGGCGAGCCCAACGGAUAAGGCUCAAUUUGUCAUGCGGGCUGCCAAAGACUUUCCACAGCAUCGGCCCAGUGAAAAGGGCCACGACUUUCGCCCAGGUAACUUCGAGUGCUAUAUUUGCUUCCGAGUUCGGUCGCCGGACAAAUUUGACAUGCUUCAGCCCCAGUCAGCAUUCGUUGAUAUUCGAGGAUGCAUUAUCAAGGAACGAGAGCCUGAUCUUCGGGUUGAUAAACAGGUCAUGCUCCGUGCCGGAAGGUCUGGUCCAAGCCAGGUUGUCUUCGCUGUCCCAACUGUCGAGGAGACUGUCCGCUACGACCCAGACGAAAGUUUAUAUUGUAAUGCUAUCGCUGCAGCACUUUACAGCACCUCGCCCUUUGUGAAUGGUGGUCAAAACAGUUGCAACAUCCUCAAAUGUUUGCAGAGGCGAGGAGAAAAUAUGGCAACCAGUCAUCCAUCCAAAGCUGCAAGUCGUACAGCAUCGAUUCAAAGUUUACCCGCUUCUAAGCUGGAGGGUGCUAGGUUUCAUGAGGACGUUUAA